AUGGCAGUGCGGCAGUGCGGUGUCGGUAGCAAGGUGGUCUCAGUGCGGUGGCAGUGCGGUGGCAGUGCGGUGGCAGUGCGGUGGAAGGGCGAUGGCAGUGCGGCAAGGCGGUGGCGGUGGAAGGGCGGCGACAGGGCGGUGGAAGGGCGGCGGCAGGGCGCGGUGGCAGGAUGGUGGCCAGGCGGUGCACAGAAGGCGGUGCACAACCGUACGAUUGGCUGUCUACUUAACCAUCUUCGAGCGACGACGUCGCUGCAUGCGGUAGCGGCGGUGGCGCUCGUGCUCUGUGCAGGGUCGUGGUGGCGAAGAAAGCGGUGGAGGCGGUGUGCCCAUAGCAACCGCCAGUGUGAACAUCCGCUGCUCGCGCUGGUCAGGCUUCGGUGGUGCUGGGGCCGCAUCGAAGCGGUGCCAAUAGGCCCGUGCGUUGGGCCCAUUGGCACACACAAUGCAGCGACGCCCCCUAGCUCUGGCGGAGCCAGCUGCAAAGGCGUCCCACGAAAGGAACGCUUUGCAGCAGGCACACAGCCGGAGCGCCAGCCCAAGUCCGUCAAGGUCAAUUGGCGGUGGCACCACAUGGACCUCACAGGUCCGGCAAUCAAUCGGCUCCAUUUUGUGAAAUUGGCGCUGGUUUUCAGCAACGCGUGCGACGAUGUUGCAGGCUUUCGUUGCCAAGUAAAGCUUCCCAAGGACGACACCCACCUGCGCAGCCUACUCAACACCUCGAUCGUGGCUGAGUUUAUCAAGGCCGGAGCUCAAGCAAAGUGGAAGGCUCAACGCGAGUGCCCACCGGACCAGCUUGCCGUCCAUCUACCCGGUUUCUAUUCCAAGCUUAAGUUUUCUACGGAUCAAGAGUACAUGUUCCCCCCUGAGUACUGGCUCCAAGCGAGCAAUCGCGAAUCGCCGAUCCACGUCGACCAUGCGCGUGUCGGCAGCUACAUUUCUCCUGGCUCCGCUGUGGUUGUCCAGCGUCCAGCCAAGGUUCAGCUUCAAGCCAACGCGAAGUGGAACAAAAAGCGCAGUAUGGACGAGAAGAUGCGCGCUUUACGGGAGAAGACCGCCCUGCCGCACUGCCACCGCUCUGAUGUCACACUGAGACCGCCCUGCCGCCGCCCUGCCACCGCUCUGCCGCCGCACUACCACCGCACUGAGACCGCCCUCCACCGCCACCACCCUGCCACCGCUCUGCCGCCGCACUUUCACCGCACUGAGACCGCCCUGCCACCGCCACCGCACUGA